GUGAGCAGGACUGGAAGCAAGUAUAUACAUUCGAAGUCUGGAAGCCGAGAAAAUGUGACGAUUCUGGCAUGUGGCAAUGCUGCUGGGCAUAUGAUCCCCCCUCACUUCAUCCUUAAAGGGAAAACAAAGCUGGCCCUCAAAUCGUGGGAUACAGAAAAUGCGCCACAGGGCUCAUUUGUCAGCGUUUCCGACUCAGGUUGGACGAAGCAGGCAAGUAACCUCUAGAUUCUUCUCAUUGUCUCCAAUUACCAUUUAAACAAAAAAAAUUAAUUUUGGUUUCUUUUCCUGUAGGGUUUAUCCCUCCUCUGGUUUGAGGAGAUAUUUCUCAAACAUAUUGGGGAUCAGUGUCCACAGGUUCUUAUCUUUGAUGGCCAUGACAGCCACCACCACGUCGAGCUGAUUGAGAAGGCUAGGGAACAUGACAUCAUUCUGAUGGAGAUGCCUGCUCAUUGCUCACACUGGUUGCAGCCCUUGGAUAGAACUGUGUUUGGACCCCUCAAAAAGAAGUGGAAAGAAAUCAAUGCAACUUUUACUUCUGAGACUGCCUGUCCAACAACCCAUGCCAACUUCUUCAGACUAUUUUCACGUGCUUGGGUCAGCUUAAAACCAGCGUACUUAAUUAAUGGAUUCCGGGUGACGGGAAUUUCACCAUGGAACCCGAAGGCUAUUCCGGAAGAGGCAUACCUUCCAUCACAGCUCUACAAUGCCAAUCCUGAUUACACUGAAAGAGGUGCUACUGUUGCAUCAGUUACCCCAUCAGCUGAAUGCCAUCCUGCCUUACCAACGCCAGCACAGUGUCCAAUGACUACAGACAUUUUACCCUUCACUGCCAUGCCAAAGAUUGCAAACACUGCUGAAAACACAGUCGCUGCUAAUGCAAUACCAAUCAAUCAGUCCGAAGUCAAUUACCAGUUAGAAGAAAUUCCUCAAUUAUCAAGUGAGGAAGUUCAGACCCUCCUAGAUAUGGGGUUUUUCAUUACAGUCACGGGGUCUUCCAUUCAGCAGGCAUCAGAUGAUAAUGAUUGUCCACCAGAUCUGGCGUUAGCGGCCAUCGAAUGCUCAUUAACAGAAGAAAAGCGAAAGCAUUACGAGAUCUGCUUCGCACUUGGUGUUUCGUUAGAUAAAGAUCCCAUUUUCCAUACAUGGAAAUCUCUGAAGUCGAAGUUGAAAAGUGGAGAAACGGCUGCAGCCGAUUCAGACGUUUUAGGACCAAUUCCUCAUGCGGCAACGCAGCCAAAAAGUAAACGUGACCAAUCAUCGAAAGGUUUCUUCGUUAUAUCUUGUGAUGAGGCGUACCAUGAGAAACUUCUGAAAGAGGAAGAGAAAAAAGAAAGAGAAAGAAAAAAGAAAUUGAACGCGGAAAAACGAAGAGCUCGUAUAAACAAAAAUUCAAAAUAA